CGACACUGGAAAUGUCAGACGAAGGCGAGACAUUUGAAGGCCAUGUAUAUAUAAACGUACAAUACCUCCUCCAAAUCAAUAUCAUCACAACCCAGUAAUGAUGAACGGUGUAAUAUUAUCGCUGGUCCUAGGGGUUUUGGUGCUGGUUAAUUUUCGUGAAACUGACGGUCAGUUUCCACCAAUCAACCCUGAUAAAUGGCGGAACCCUCGCAUUGAGAGCUAUUUCCGCUAUAUCUGUAGGAAUACCCAGUGUAGCGGUUUUGAGGAUGUUUGUGAGUUAAGACCGAUGCAGUGCUUUGUUCCCCCCGUGUCCGGAGGUCCCACAGUGUAUUGCCACUCCAGGAACUCAUACCAAACCCGGACGCUGCCCUCAACCGUAUGCAAUAUGGACAGGACGGAUCAGGUGUAAUACAGACUACGGUUGCUAUAAUUCCGAAGUUUGUUGCCAUGGUUUCUGGGGAAGUGAAUGCAGACCACCGUAUAUGUUUUGAAGAAAAUAACGCGAAGUGUAAUUCUAUUUCUUGAAAUUAUUAUUUGAAUAAAUUUUUUCUGAUUUAA